AUGUUGUCCAAUCCGCUCCACCGCUUUUCCCCCUACCACACAAUGCCCUCGACCACGCUCAUGUCCAACGGGCACAUGACGGCCAACCAUCUCCACAACGGGGGCCUCGACUCGUUAUCUCACGGGUCUCACUAUGCGCUCCAGCAGCUUCAACAACACGUAGGCGUCCACAACCCCCACCUUGCCAGGCCCGGACACCAGCAAAAGCAUCGGCAACAUCCCUACGGGCCCUCGAGGUCCGCGGGGGCAGCCGGUCCCAUCCGCAGGAGGAUCAGCAGGGCGUGUGACCAGUGCAACCAACUCCGGACUAAGUGCGAUGGCCAGCAUCCGUGUGCCCAUUGCAUCGAGUUUGGACUGGGCUGCGAGUAUAUCCGGGAACGGAAGAAGCGCGGCAAGGCAUCCAGAAAAGACCUGGCCCAGCAAGCAGCUGCUCAGGCUGCUGCCGCGGCGGCGCAGACGGGCCAGAAAUCCCCCAGCCAUGGGGGCGACAACGGCCAUUCGGCCGAGAGCCGGAGCGACAGCGUCAGCACGACCAAGCCCAUGUCGUCACUGUCGAGUGAGCUCCAGGCGAGCGCCAACGAGAAGGCCAUGAAUGAUAUGGGAGACGACUCGAUGAGGAGUCAGAGGACGGGGAGCAUAGACAGCCUGGACGACAUGAGCGCCCACCAGCACAUGACGAGCCACCCGGGGGCCAUGGGCCGAGAUCACAUGGACAGCCCCGGGGCUCUCGACCUCAACGGCUACGGCAACGUCCACCCUGCCUACGAGCGUCAGGGCAUGAGCGCGCACAUGAUGAACGGUGCUGCCCACACGCCCUACGGCUCCAACCAGGGCGGCAUGUCCAACUACCCAGACCUGCCAUACGGCUUGCAGACACAGAGCCCCACCAACUACGCGGCGAACACGUCCAACUCGUUCCGUCUCGGAACCAGCCCUCUUAGCGCCUACCCCAUGGCCGGAGAGACGUCGCCGGGCUGGAUGAACAUGUCGUCGCCGCCGCCUCAGUACGCGACGCAUGUGCCACAGAACAACAGCUACGGCCAGUCGCCGCAGCUUCGGUACCCGGUCCUAGAGCCUCUGGUGCCGCAUCUGGGCAAUAUGAUUCCGGUCUCGCUGGCUUGCGACCUGAUCGACCUCUACUUCGCCAGCUCGUCAUCUGCCCAGAUGCACCCCAUGUCGCCUUACGUUUUGGGGUUCGUGUUCCGAAAACGGUCGUUCCUGCACCCUACUAAGCCUCGCCAGUGCCAACCAGCUCUCCUAGCAAGCAUGCUGUGGGUUGCUGCACAAACCAGCGACGCUCCCUUCCUCACGAGCGUCCCGUCUGCCCGCGGUAAGAUCUGCCAGAAGCUCCUCGAGCUCACUGUCAGCCUCCUCAAGCCGCUCAUCCACACGCCCUCCGAAGAGGCCUCGCCGGUCUCUAGCCCGAUUGUCGAUGGCGUCGCCCUCGGUGGCCUCGGCGUCGCUCUGCCUGGAUCCAUCAGCAUGGAUGCCCUGACGGGCGAGUCGGGAGCUUUCGGCGCCGCCGGAACCCUCGACGAUGUCGUCACCUACAUCCACUUGGCAACAGUGGUCUCGGCCAGUGAGUACAAGGGGGCGAGUUUGCGGUGGUGGAAUGCGGCGUGGUCGUUGGCUCGCGAGCUUAAGCUUGGUCGGGAGCUGCCUCAAAAUGCGCCUUCCAUGAACCAUCACCAUGGCGGCUCGAAUGAGAUGGAUGCCGAUGGGGAGGUCGAGGAGGACAUGAGCACCGUCCCGGGCGUCAUCACUGAGGAGGAGCGGGAAGAGAGGCGGCGCAUCUGGUGGCUCGUAUACGUCGUCGACCGCCACCUCGCGCUGUGCUACAAUCGGCCACUCUUCCUCCUUGACGUUGAGUGCGAUGGGCUCCUGCAGCCCAUGGAUGACACCGACUAUCAGAACGGCAACUUCCACGCCUACACAGACCCGAACGUCCUUGCUUCGGACCCCGCCUCUCCUCAGACUCUCCGGGUCCGCGGGCCUUCGUUUGAGUGCACCGGGCACAGCAUCUUUGGUUAUUUUCUGCCCCUGAUGACUAUCCUUGGCGAGAUUGUGGAUUUGCAUCACGCGAGGAACCAUCCCCGCUUCGGGGUCGGUUUCCGCUCCUCGCGCGAGUGGGACGACCAGACGACUGAGAUCACGCGCCACCUGGAGGCUUAUGAGCAGAGCUUGAAAAAAUUCGAGCAGCGCCAUCUCAGCCUCAGUGCCCAAGCGCAGGCGGCUGACGAGAAGGCGGCCGAAGCUGCCGGCGUGCCCACGGCCAACGAUCUGCCUCACGACAUUGGCACGCCAUCGGUGCACAGCGUUCACAGCGCCCACACCAACACGAGCCGCAUGACUGAGAGCGACAUCCAGACCCGCAUAGUCAUGGCCUACGGAACGCACGUCAUGCAUGUUUUGCACAUUCUUCUCACAGGAAAAUGGGAUCCCAUCAACCUUCUCGACGACAACGACUUGUGGAUUAGCAGCCAAGGGUUCAUCACAGCCACGGGGCACGCCGUGUCGGCUGCCGAGGCCAUCAGCAACAUUCUCGAGUUUGACCCCGGCUUGGAGUUUAUGCCAUUCUUUUUCGGCAUCUACCUCCUGCAGGGCUCAUUCCUACUGCUUCUCAUUGCCGACAAGCUGCAGCUCGAGGCAUCGCCGAGCGUAGUCAAAGCCUGCGAGACCAUCAUUCGCGCACACGAGGCAUGCGUGGUCACUCUAAACACUGAGUACCAGCGCAACUUCAGCAGGGUCAUGCGCAGUGCCCUCGCCCAGGUCCGCGGCCGCGUGCCCGAAGAUCUUGGCGAGCAACACCAGCGCCGCAGAGAGCUCCUGGCACUGUACAGAUGGACGGGCGAUGGGACCGGCUUGGCGCUUUAA